GCCGCGCCGCUCCUCGCCGCCGCCGCCGUUUUGAUGCGUGAGUGUGUAUGAGUACCUUCGCACGGGCGACCAUCGCUUGUUUCGUCGAUAAAUCGGGGGCCCGACGGCCCCCCGCGCCGCCCUAAGAUUGGCGGAGGCGCCGGGACAGCGCCUACGGGCGAUGAUCACACAGCUCCUCCCCCAAAUCUAACCUGACUCUCGGUUCCUGGCCAGCGCCAUGAGAAACGAAGUAUGCCUCCGCCGCCGCCGCCGCCGCCCUUCCUCACCCGCCUCCGCCCCACAGACCACAGCAUGCCCUCCGUAGAAUGAGCCGUCUCGCGACCUCCGACAUCCCGGUCGCAAAUGCUGUCAUUAGUGAUGUUCCGCGAGAUGAAUCGGUCUGAACAGGAGAGUCUGUACCGCACGUCGCGUAAACUCAGCCUGGUGCCCAUCGGGAGCGGGCACUUCGAGGCGAAGCCCGAGCCCGCCGACGACCUGGUGUUGAGCGUGCUCAAGAGUCCCGUGAACCACGUGGGCGCGGCGCGCGACGACCCCGACGAGGAGGCCGAGUGCUCGGAGCGGCUGCCGUUCCUGCAGCGCCUCCGCGGCCACAAGCGCUUCGGGGAGGCGCACCACAAGCGCGUGCCGACGCCGCUCAAGCGCAAGCAGAGGUUCAAGAGCCACAAGAACGACGUGGUGCAGCCGGAGGAUGUCGUCGACGAGGAGGACGACGACGACGUGGAGGCCGCGGGCGACACGCCGAGGGGCGUGCCGGACCCGUACUACCCGAUCUAUCUGCCGAUCGACCAGGCGUUCAAGGCCAAGUACGUGUUCCACCACAAGAAGGGCAAGACGUGCCAGGAGAGGACGUACGUGUUCCUGGAGCAUCCAGGAGGGUGGCUGUGUUUUAUCUACCAUUUCACCGUGUUUAUGUUAGUGCUCGUGUGUCUGAUAUUCAGCGUCCUGUCUACCAUAGACGCCUACCAGAACUUCGCCAACGAGACCCUGUUCUGGAUGGAAAUAUGCCUGGUGGUGUUCUUCGGCGUCGAGUACCUGGUGCGCCUGUGGUCCGCCGGCUGCCGGUCCAAGUACAUGGGCUUCUGGGGGCGACUGCGCUUCAUCCGCAAGCCCAUCUGCAUCAUCGAUUUAAUCGUAGUGGUAGCUUCGAUAGUAGUUCUUACGCUAGGCUCCAACGGGCAGGUGUUCGCCACGUCCGCCAUCCGAGGAAUCCGCUUCCUGCAGAUCCUGCGGAUGCUCCACGUGGACAGACAAGGCGGCACGUGGAGGUUAUUGGGCUCGGUUGUGUUCAUACAUCGACAAGAACUAAUAACGACUCUUUACAUCGGAUUCUUGGGCCUAAUCUUCAGCAGUUACUUCGUCUACUUGGCCGAGAAGGACGCGGUAGGGGCCGACGGUAAGAACACGGGGGAUUUCUCGAGCUACGCCGACGCUCUCUGGUGGGGCGUCAUCACCGUGACGACCAUCGGAUAUGGAGACACCGUUCCCAGGACGUGGAUGGGGAAGAUCGUAGCGUCGUGCUUCAGCGUCUUUGCCAUAUCAUUCUUCGCUCUUCCAGCCGGGAUCCUCGGCUCGGGCUUUGCCCUCAAAGUUCAACAGAAGCAACGCCAGAAACACUUCAACAGGCAAAUUCCGGCAGCUGCCAUGCUCAUCCAGUGCUUGUGGCGGUGUUACGCCGCCGACAAGAGCUUCAACUCGAGAGCGACGUGGCAGGUCUAUCUCAAGGACACGAACGGCACCAACACCGCCAACAACUCUUCCAGCGGCAGCGGCACCAACUGCAACAUCCCCCUCUCCAAGUCCCUGAUGUUGCAGGUCGCUAAGAAGGCGUCGGUUUUGAAGCGUCGGAAAUCGCGGAAUCGCAUGGAGGCGCCCGGAACGCCGCAGGGCGACACCCCCGUCCAAUCGGUCGCCCCCACGGCCCCCUCCAGGUGCGAGUCCGAUUCCGACGUGGUUUUCUACAUGGAGGAGCCCAAAGCAGGGACGCCGAACCGCGUGCGUCGCGGCGAGCGCGAGAGCGCCCGAGGGGCCGUCUUCACCAGCCAAACCAGCACCGUCACCGAAGCCGCCAGCGACGACAUCGACGACCUGGACGGCGAACUCCCCCGGGUCACACAACUAACGGAGGCACACAAGAACGCCAUCAGGGCCAUCCGCAAGAUCAAGUACUUCGUGGCUAGGCGGAAGUUCCAGCAAGCCAGGAAGCCCUACGACGUGAGGGACGUGAUCGAGCAGUACAGCCAGGGUCAUCUGAACAUGAUGGUGCGGAUCAAGGAGUUGCAGAGGCGGCUGGACCAGACGCUCGGGAAGCCGGGGAGUUAUCUGGCAGGGAUCGACAGGGUGGGCAACGUAAAGCCGAUGACCGUCGGAGCCAGAUUGUACAGGGUAGAGCAACAGUUGGGAACAAUGGACAAGAAGUUGGACGCCUUAACCCACAUCCUCAAUACGUUGGCACAAAAAAACCAAGCAUCCUUAAGAUCGAUAGAGGACGACGUCUGAGUGUUCCUGCGUUACGUACAAAAUAUCGGGUGCAGAAGCAAUAAUUUUUCGAGUUUUGCAGUCGCUACAUAUCCCAACAGGAAUUUUCUCGGUUAGGUUAGCUUGGUAAGACGGAAUUGGCAAUGUACAUAGUAACUAUAUAAGAUUUAGUCAAUAUUACAACUAAUCAUGGUAUUAUGGGGCACACUGUAAAAGGACUAAGAAUAAUAAUUAAUGUAACAUAUAUUUUUAGUCACUUUUAGAUUAUUUCCAUAUCUAUAUCUAGAUCGUGCCUAUUUAGAUUUAUACAAGUAUUGUUAGGGCGGGCGCGCGCGGUUGGAGCGCGCAUCGAGGUUAGACUCGCCAGCCAUUGGCUCGUCGUCACGUGACACCUUCGCCCGCGCGCGCUCCUUAGCUUAGGGGUUUGUGAGGCCAGACCCUUUUCCCGUAUAGGUGGAAACUGUCGACAAUCUACUUUUCUGACUCGUACCGAGUUGUGUAAAUCGAACGAACUCUAGCCUAAUACAAUAUCAAAUAAAAAGAACAAGACGUAGUUCACAAUCCAGAAGCUUCGACAGAAUUGGACUUUCUCGUGAGUUAUACAAGGGUCCAAUACAAGGAGAAUUUUCUCGUAGAACUCUCUAGAGUAAGCCUUAAUAAAACAUUCAAGAUUUUUUUAAAAACGCCUCGGCCACGCGGGAAUUGGAAGCGUGCCACCGGAAACAACGAAUGUACUUCCCGUCGAGGCCGAUCGGUCUUUUGUAAAUAGGAAAUCUCUCAGAACUUAUUUAAAGAGUGCCUCUGCAUCUGUGAUUUGCACAUCUUACUAUUCACUGUAUUAUAACGACCGAAUUAAGUCAACGUUUGGACCAAAGAUGAGCAAAAUUUGGCGUUUCGGUGGGCGGACGAUCUUGACCUGUUCGGACCGGCCGGAGUUGAGACGAGGAGUUUCACGUUUGCCAACUGAAACUUUUCCAAUUCGUACAACACAAACGCAUUCAUAGAGAACCGCCGAAACACGGCCAAGCCGGCGCUAAACUCCCGACGUGACUAGUCACUCAUAACCCGUAUAUUUUUACUCCAAUGACACGGUGACACGCGUCAAUCGAAAAUGAUUUUGGCGCCAAGUGCGCUUCACGCUGACACACUGAGGGAGUUUAGGGCCGCUGGACCUCCGUUUAACCAAUAGUCCUAAGGAUAUUCUAAAUUUAUGAAACGUUAAUAUCUCGAAAUCUUCCUGUCUGGAGGUCGGGUGAUCCCAUUUGCCGGCCGGGAUAAUGGAUGUCGUUAGCCCGUCCCUCGAACGGAAUCGCUCGUCCUUGAUCUACAAAAGUGCCCUAAGAGUCUUUGCAUUUCAAUCAUACCGUAGUUGCCUCUAUUAUUCCCUUGAUAUUUUAGUAGUUUAUCCGGAAGAAACUGUGUAUAAAGUAAAUGGAACCGUCUCUCCCGUUUUGUUAAGUUUUGGUAAGAUAUGCUUUCGAAGAUAAACUAAUAGCAGCUGUAUGGUGAUGGCGACGUUGUUUGUUGAACCUCGCCGUUUCCUGUGUAAUAAUAAUUUUGUGAUAGAUUUUAAGCACGUUUUUGACUUAAAUCACUCUGUUGUAUUUUAUUGUAAAUAUUUUUAUUGAUAGUUACUAGUAUGCUCACAAAGUUCGUGAUCAAUAAAUUUUAAAGAUAAAGCGUCUAUUGAAUGUACGUUUUAACAAGAUUCCAUAAUGAUUGUCAUUGUAAUUUAGACCUUCUUGACGCAAUAUUAUUAUUAUAGCAAUUUAAAGCUUUUACUUGAUCUGUAAUUAAGAGAUGAUAUUGUAAGGAAUAAAUCAUUUCCACGUC